UCUCCUCUGCUCUGCUGUGCUCCCUGAAAAGCCCUCUCUCUCCUCUCCGCCACUGCAAUGAGUUUUCGCUAGUCGCUUUCUCCAACUCUUACAAAUAUAUACGCAUACGAACCCCCUCUUGCUCCCUCUCUCUCUAUAUUUCUCUCUGUGUUUCUCUCUCUUAAUUAAUAUUGCAAAGCAAUUCGGUCUGGAUAUUAUAAAAAACCCCUUUUGUGUUCAGUGAACGGACCUUUGCGCUUCAUUUUCCUCUACCUCUCUCUUUCUGCGUUUUCUCCCAUUUUCGGGUUUUGGGUUCUGCUUGGAGCCGAAAACCCAUAUACGGUUCGCUUCUCUUUUGUUCAAUCUCAGCUUAACGAAGCAGGAAUCGCCUCCUCUGUUUUUCUUUCUUGAGAUGGCUGAGAGUUUCGACGACGCCGAGUUUUGGCUUCCGCUGGAGUUUUUAACCGACGACGACGUGCUCAUCGACGUUAAGAAUAGCAAGACUAAGAACUACAAAGAUGGGGUUGCGUUUGGGUCUGAAGCAGACGGUUAUACCAGGUCUCUGUUUCCAUACGAGUUCUCCUGUGGCUUUGGCUCACUUGGGGUUCCGUCGGAUCUAAGUUCUCCGGUCGAGUCAGUGGUAGGUUCGAGCGAGACCGAGAGUGACGAGGAGGAAUACCUCGCUGGCUUGUCUCUUCAAAUGGCUCGUUCUACUUUGGAAGGUGGUUUUAAGAAUACUGCUUCUGAGAACGGAAAGCCAAGGACUAUGUCUGGUUCGCCUCAAUCAACCCUCUGCGCUGUUGGGAAUGGUUGCGGUUGCGGACAAGGGUCGAGCCGUGAAAGCCCAAAAGCUCAUUCACGAGUCUCCUCUCCUCCAGAGACAUGGGAUCUUUUGAACGCCGCCGCCGGUGAAGUCGCUAAGAUGAGGAUGAACGAAGAAGAGUACAUGUUCUACCAUAGCAGGGGACUCUUGGGUCCACCUACCAAGCCUUCUCCGGUGGCUAAUACUCCAAACCCUGAUAUCGGUUUCUAUCUCAACCAGUCCAUUUCUCAGAAGCAAUUGCAAGCCUCACAGUUUCAGCAACUUAGACAACAACAAAUGAUGAAGCAGCAGAGCUCUGCGAUAUGGGGAGCCAGUACUACUCAGACUAAGGUCCCCGGACGGUACCAGAUGAACCAGCCCCAACCAGUGGCAAUGAACAGAGCACGAAACAGUGAGUUCAUGGGGAGCACCAAAAACAACCGACCUCUAGGGUUGUCACCAUCUGCAUGGCCUCCACUACAGCAGGGUCAGAGCCAGCCAAAUGGGUCUGGAAUGAGAGCCGUCUUUCUUGGUAACCCGGCCGCAAAAAGAGAAAGCGUCGGUACCGGUGUCUUCUUGCCUCGUCAAGUUGGGACCCAACCUGAAACGCGUAGAAAGCCUGCUUGUUCCACAGUUUUGCUUCCAGCUAGGGUUGUCCAGGCCUUGAACUUGAACUUAGACGACAUGUGUGGCCAGCCCCAGCUUCAACCUCGCUACAAUGGAAGAUUUGGUCCUGAAACUGAUGUGUCGUUAAGGCUUCGAAGCAACAACAAUGUCGUUUCAUAUAAUCAUCAUCCGAAGCAACGCAACAUGAGGCCUCAACAGCUACCAGUAGUGAACCAUGAGAUUCGGCUGCCCCAAGACUGGACUUACUAGGGUUAAGACUAUCUACUUAUUUCGUUUUAUUUUGGGUUUAUUUUUAGGUUAUAAAGGGUAAGAAUGGAAAGAAAGAAACAGUAAAGGUUUAGGGAUAUAAUAUGUUAGUUUGCUAUAUAUAAUAUAUAGUACAGAGAAAAACAGGGGUCUCAAGAAAGAAAAGAAAAAAAAAUGAAAUGAAAAUAUUAUAUGAUGAAGAAAAAUGGUGACCAUAUUUUGUUCUUUUGGGUUAGGCGUAGGUGAUUAAUAAGAUGUCUUUACUUUUGAUUAGCACAGCCUUUUGGUCUCUUGGGUUUUUUUUUUUUUUUGGCUGUAAAAGGAAGAAGGUGGUGGAUUAUUAUUGUCCCUCUUUUGUUUUUGUAUUUGGGACAAUAUGAGAAGUUAGGGGUUUCUAUGUUAAUCACUCAGAUUAAGCUUUUUCAUUGUCAUAUACAAGUUUUUAAUUUUCAGUUCCCAACUUGUCCCAUCCACCUUGGCCAAUCAAAUAUUAUUCAAGUAAUAAAUAAAAUGAUUACAUUUUCAA